GUUUUGACAAAAUUAACAUUGAUAGGCCACUAGGACAGGUAUAUCACCUGCACUUCCGGCAAGACACUCAAAUUAAAAUCAUAAAGUAAUGCAGAGCUUAAGUCCGUGAAGGCAGCGUAUGGGCUACACGGGAGUCGAGGAAGCGCCUAGCAGCGUGGAUAUGUCGGACCCGGCGGCGCAGGCCUUGCAACCCCGGCUUCUCCAAGCCCAGUCUGCUGGGUCCACUACUGCCGCGACAGGCUCCGGGUCAGGGAAUAGUGAUCCGGCCAGGCCGGGACUUAGCCAGCAACAACGUGCAAGCCAGAAGAAAGCCCAAGUCCGAGCUUUCCCACGGGCGAAAAAGCUUGAGAAACUUGGCGUAUUCUCCGCAUGCAAGGCUAGUGACACAUGUAAGUGCAAUGGAUGGAAAAACCCAAAUCCACCAUCCGCCACUCGUAUGGACCUGCAACAGCAAGCAGCCAGCCUAAGCGAGCCGUGCCGCAGCUGUGGACAUGCUCUGGCUGAUCAUGUGUCCCACUUGGAGAAUGUGUCUGAGGAUGAGAUAAACAGACUGCUGGGGAUGGUGGUGGAUGUGGAGAACCUUUUUAUGUCUGUGCACAAAGAGGAGGACACUGAUACCAAACAGGUCUACUUCUACCUUUUCAAGCUGCUGAGGAAGUGCAUCUUGCAGAUGAGUCAGCCAGUUGUAGAGGGGUCCCUUGGAAGUCCACCUUUUGAAAAGCCCAACAUUGAGCAGGGGGUUUUGAAUUUUGUUCAGUAUAAAUUCAGCCACCUGGCACCAAAAGAAAGGCAGACCAUGUUUGAACUGUCAAAGAUGUUCCUCUUGUGCCUAAAUUAUUGGAAGCUGGAGACACCAACGCAGUAUCGCCAGCGCACCCAGAAAGAUGAUGGCACAGCAUACAAAGUGGAUUACACCAGGUGGCUGUGCUACUGCCAUGUCCCACAGAGUAAUGACAGCCUACCACGUUAUGAAACAACUCAGGUGUUCGGCCGCAGCUUGCUCAAGUCCAUCUUCACUGUGACCCGACGCCAGCUGCUGGAGAAGUUCAGAGUGGAGAAGGAUAAACUGCUGCCAGAAAAACGCACACUCAUCCUCACACAUUUUCCCAAGUUUCUGUCCAUGCUGGAGGAAGAGAUCUAUGGUGAGAAUUCCCCCAUCUGGGAGGCUGACUUCACUAUGCCUACCUCAGAUGGCACACAGCUGGGACAUCAGACAGUGAUCAGCCCUGCUGCGGUGUCCGGUUCCCCCGCUCUGUCUAAAGGUUUGAGCAGUGUCUCUUCUCUGGGCAGCAUGGACACUGGAGGUACAGAGCCCAUCCCAGGAGAGAAACGGAAACUUCCUGAGGCGCUGACCCUCGAGGAUGCUAAGCGGAUCCGUGUGAUGGGAGACAUUCCCAUGGAGCUGGUCAAUGAAGUCAUGAUGACAAUCACUGACCCUGCUGCUAUGCUCGGACCAGAGACUAAUCUACUGACGCCAAACGCUGCCCGUGAUGAGACUGCCAGGCUGGAGGAGAGGCGGGGCAUCAUAGAGUUCCAUGUCAUUGGAAACUCACUUUCCCAGAAGUCCAACAAGAAGAUCCUGAUGUGGUUGGUCGGCCUGCAGAAUGUCUUCUCUCAUCAGUUACCCCGCAUGCCCAAAGAGUACAUCACACGGCUGGUGUUUGACCCGAAGCACAAGACCCUGGCCCUCAUCAAAGAUGGCCGUGUCAUUGGAGGCAUCUGUUUUAGGAUGUUUCCCACUCAGGGCUUCACGGAGAUCGUCUUCUGUGCUGUCACAUCCAAUGAGCAAGUUAAGGGCUAUGGUACCCACUUGAUGAACCACCUGAAGGAGUACCACAUCAAACACAACAUCCUCUAUUUCCUCACUUACGCUGAUGAGUACGCCAUUGGCUACUUCAAGAAGCAGGGCUUUUCCAAAGACAUCAAAGUGCCAAAGAGUCGAUACCUGGGAUACAUCAAAGACUACGAAGGAGCGACCCUCAUGGAGUGUGAGCUGAACCCAAGAAUCCCCUACACUGAGCUUUCUCAUAUCAUUAAAAGACAGAAAGAGAUUAUUAAGAAGCUGAUUGAAAGGAAACAGAGCCAGAUCAGGAAAGUUUACCCCGGUCUCACCUGCUUCAAAGAGGGAGUACGACAGAUUCCAGUGGAGAGCAUCCCAGGCAUAAGAGAGACAGGCUGGAAACCCAGUAUUAAGGACAAAGGGAAAGAGGUAAAGGACCCUGAUGUGUUAUACAACAUGCUGAAGAACCUCCUGGCCCAGAUUAAAACUCAUCCUGACGCCUGGCCCUUCAUGGAACCAGUGAAGAAAUCCGAGGCUCCUGAUUACUACGAGAUCAUUCGCUUUCCCAUUGACCUGAAGACCAUGACAGAGAGACUCAAGAACAAAUACUAUGUGACCAAGAAGCUUUUUAUUGCCGACCUGCAGCGAAUCAUCACAAACUGCCGCGAGUACAACCCUCCAGACAGCGAGUACUGCAAGUGUGCCAACACCUUAGAGAAGUUCUUCUACUUCAAAUUAAAAGACGGAGGCCUGAUCGAGAAGUGAACUCAGCCACCACAUUAUUUACAGAUUCCUUAACAGACGAGGAGCAGCUGCCACAGCUGCCACAUGUGAAGAUGAAGCAUCACUAGUUAAUGUCAUAUCUGAGUUAAUAAAAGGGUAUGUACAUGACUGACAUAUUUUACAAGAGAAUCGUUGGGCUCUAACAGACAUGAGGAAAAAUCAGAGCCAGUUGAGCAUUUCAAGGUGUCAAAAUGGCUUUUUUUUUUUUUUUUUUUGUUAAUUGUACCAAAAUUAUAGGUCCAAGUUAUAACAAUGCCACUUUUUCAAGCAUUAUUUAUAGAAUGAUUAACCUGGUUUUGUCGCAUUUAAUAAUUGUUCAUUCCUAUUAGCUUGUCAUUUGAGCAGGUGUAUCUGUAGUGUAGAGUUCUUUGACUUUGGGACCUAAAGCCACGUUGCCUUGUGUUACUGACAGACACUUGAACAUCCCAGCCAUUUUCAUGGCUAUAAAGAUAAAUGUUCUUUUAGUCAUUAAAACAGAUGAGCAGGCCUGUGACUGUUGGGUAGUGCUGAAAUGAUUUGAUCAGUAGAUUGGUGAGAAAUAAAUUCAUAACAAUCAUUAGUUGUUUAUGAAGUGCAGAUAUUGAACGUUUACUGGUUUUAACUCCUCAGGAGUGAAGAUUUCUUUUUUCUUUUAAUUCAAAUGCAUAUAGAACAUGUUGAAUUUGUUUAGGUCAGAAUUAGCAAUUAUCUUAGCCUCAGCUUGUGACUCUGUUGCAUACAUGAGUCACAGGUGAUCUUUCUUGAGCUUUCAGAAUUGAAACUUGCUGACGGUUUUAUCCCCGUAAUAUAAUUUUAAUGAGUUUCUCAGGUCAUAGUUUGUUUUCAGUUAAGCAAAAAUGAUGACAGGAAAUUAUGCCAUUUUUAUGAAAAUUGAGCAUGACUGGAUUAUUUAAACCUAUUAUUAUUAUUGUCUAUUGAAUGUAUUAUUAAAAAUUAAGUGAAAUUAUUAUUGACAUUGUUAGUUUAGAGUCUGAGGAUUCAGGAAAUACCUUCACAGUUUGGGCGAGUGUCAUGAAACGAUGGUACAAGGUUAAAAUGUUCUGCAAAUUUCGGUUCCGUAAGCUCAUGCAAGAUUAUCUCUGUGACUCGAGUGUAUGGGGCUGUUAUCAUUCUAGGCUCUAUGAACAUCACAGACAAAAUUCUGCUUUACUAAACAGCCAGUAGGUUAUGGAAAUAUUAUAUCAGAUUAGCCAGUUAUAACAAUAAUUGUAGGCUGCAGCCCUGCUCCUGAGUUGUCACAAACAUUGCUAGGACUGCUAAGGACUGACUGGGCAUCAAAGAUUUCCAGCACUUCUGUGCUAACUAAAACGAUUUCCCCAAUUGUCACUAUCAAGAUAACACUGUUUUCAUGUUGACAACAUAAUAGAUGCUUAUUUAUACAGUAAAUGUAACAUAUACUAUUUAUGCACCAUGUUCCACUGAAAGGGUUUUAUUCCAAAUCUUUUAGGAGGAGGCCACACGUUCGUAUGGCUUUUACUGUGCUUGCAGGGAAUACUGUAAGCUCCACUUUGUUCUGCAGUACAGUCACUUCCACACAUAAAUGGCAAAUAGUCUAUUUAGUGUACAGCCACAUUUCUGUGGUGCCAUCACAAGUUUACUAGAUAGUUUAGGUUUAAUUAAGAGCCAGCCAUGGUGGGGGAGAAGCUAACAGCAGUCCUCUGAUUCAGGACUUUUGGAAAGGAGUUAACUCUGGUUUAUUCACUUACACAAGCUAUAGUACAGUAAAGCCCAAAAUUAUUCAUACCCCUAUGAAAAAAACAGUACUUUGCUAUUUGUUUAUUUUAUCAGUCAAGCUUCUAUUUAUAAAGGCCUUACUUAAUUAUCUUCAGUUGGAAGGCACAAACCUUAAUAUAUCUCAGAUUUCCAUUAUUUGCAUAGAAGUAGAAUUAUUGGAAUGUUGAUUUUUAUGCCAGUUCAUAAUCAUUCAUACCCCUCACUGUUUGUGACAAUACAGUUGUUUAGCGCUCUUGUUGGCUUCUACAAUGAUUCCAAGCCGUUCCAUCAUCUAGAAAAUUCUGACAUGGCUUACGGGCUAUAAAUUUGGAGAUACUGAUGCAGUUAUUGGCAGUUUGUGGUCAGCAGGGAAAUGUGUGCUAUGGCCAAGAAGAAAGAACUCGGUGAAGACCUUCAUUGAUGUAUCACAAGGAGGGAGAAGGCUACAAGGCUAUACCCAAGCAAUUUCAAGUGCCAGUGGCCACAGUACAGAGCAUCAUCAAGAAGUUCCAUACUGUUAAAACCCUUGGGGGAUGUGGUUGGAAGCCAAAGGUGUCACCUAAACUGGCUAGUAUUGCAAGAGGCUAACAAGAAUGCAUGGAUCACCACCAAGGCUACCCUGAAGAAUUUGAGCAGUGCUAGGACCAAAAUAUCAUGGCAGACUCUCCAGUGGGUGUUGCACAAGGGUUGGGGUCUCCUGGAACCCAGGCACUUAAAAAGUUGUUUAGCCUUUGCAAAGGCUCAUUUGGACAAAGAUCUGAGUUUCUGGUUGUCAAUUCUAUGGUCAGAUGAGACUAGAAUGGAGCUUUUUUUGGAACAGGGAUGUGGUUUUUGUUUGGCGGGAAAGGUGAAGAGUUCAACCCAAAGAAUAGUCCUGACAGUCAAGCACGGUGGUGGGGGUAUAAUACUGAUCCUAGAGAAAACAUCAAACUGGCAGCAAAAAACUUGGCUUUGGGCAGAUUUGGACAUAACAGCAAGAAAGUGAUCCAAAGGAAACUGCAAAGUGGAUCAAGAAAUGGUUCCUGGACAAUAAUGUAAAUACUCUGGACUAGCCAAGCCAGAGUCCAAACCUAAAUCCAAUUGAGAAUCUCUGGAGGGAGCAUAAAACCCGUGUGAUGACAAGGAACCCUUCCAACCUCCAAGACCUGCAGGCCUUCGCAAAAGAAGAGUGGGCUGAAUUUCCUGUAGAGACAUGCAGCAACCAUGUAAUUAAGUGCAUGAAUCAUUUGGAGCCUGGAAUUUCCAACAGAGGCUUUGCAAUUCAUUACUAAGCAAGAGUAGGAUUAAUUCUGGACAUGACAUUUUGUAAAUCUGUCAAAUACAAAAAAUUGAUUGUAUUCCAUGAAAUAUCUUUUGCAGUACUUCUUUACAGCCUAUUGUAACUUUUGUAUGUCACUUCAAUCAAAAUACAUUUCUCCCAAAAACAAUUCCCAAUUCACAAUUGUAAAAUUGGUAUGGGUAUGAAUAAUUUUGGGCUUAAUUGCAGGUGUUGAUGCAUGGUGGACAGUUUACACUUUGUAUUUAUAGAAACUAUCAAACUUUUUGUGACAGUUGUUGCAACUUUUUUAAAUGCACACAUUGUAAUGAAAUGUUGGAAAGAUGUUUGUUUGCCAUUCAGUGUCUCUUCCUGAGACACAUUGGCUUUUAUGGGAAUUAAGUGUCCAGUGCUGGUUGAGCCUGCUUGUUGAAUGUGUUGUUGACUAGUGUGUUAUUUUGUGUGUAUGAGUGGGUGUUUAUUAUGUAACUUAAAUCACAACUAGCUUUGAAUUACGGAGAUGAUGUCAGAGUUGCAUUUUUCAGGGCUGUGAAUUGCUUAAUUCUCCUACAGUAUACCUACGCUACAGUUCAGAUUUUCUUAAAAAGUUAAUUUGUUUAAAUUUUCCACCUAUUUGAGGAUGGCUACUGUUAAGGUGUAUGCCAUUUACUGUAACUGAUUUUCUUUUUUUAAAUAAACAAUUCCUAAAU